AUGAAGAUAUCUAAGUGGAGGUGGAGCAGCAUCUCCAUCAGUGCGCGAUCCCAGCUGAAAGGCACCCUGGCCCUUCUUCUUGUGGGCAACGUUGCCUUUGUGAUAGCUCAGGACCUGACGCAGACCUCCAACAGCCUGGAGGAAGGGGCAGACGUCACCGCGUACUGGUGGGGCGAGUGGACCAAGUGGACGGCGUGCACCAGGACCUGCGGGGGAGGCGUCAAGUCCCAGGAGAGGCACUGCCUGCGGCAGAGAAGAAAGUCAGUGAGCGGGCUGGCUAAUAAAACGUGCACUGGAACAUCCAAAAGAUACCAGCUCUGCAAAGUACAAGAGUGCCCUGCGAACGGAAGGAGCUUUCGAGAGGAGCAGUGUUCAUCAUUUAACUCCCAUGUGUAUAACGGCAGAACGUAUCAAUGGAAACCUUUAUAUCCUGAUGACUAUGUUCACAUUUCUAGCAAGCCCUGUGACCUCCAUUGCACCACUGUGGAUGGUCAGAGACAGUUAAUGGUUCAGGCUCGGGAUGGAACAUCCUGCAAAUACACUGAUUUCCGAGGGGUUUGCGUGUCUGGAAAAUGUGAGCCCAUUGGAUGCGAUGGCAUUCUCUUUUCCACCCACACCUUGGAUAAAUGUGGAGUUUGCCAAGGAGAUGGAAGCAGCUGCACUCACGUAACCGGCAGUUACCGGAAAGGAAAUUCUCAUCUUGGCUAUUCUCUGGUAACGCACAUUCCUGCUGGAGCGAGGGAUAUCCAGAUAGUAGAACGGAAAAAAUCUGCAGAUGUUUUGGCCGUGGCUGAUGAAGCCGGGUACUAUUUCUUCAAUGGGAACUACAAAGUUGACAGUCCAAAGAACUUCAACAUUGCAGGCACAGUGUUCAAGUACCGCAGGCCCAUGGAUGUGUACGAGACCGGCAUAGAGUAUAUUGUUGCACAAGGACCAACAAAUCAAGGGUUGAAUAUCAUGGUCUGGAAUCAAAACGGCAAGAAUCCAUCCAUCACGUUUGAAUACACCCUCUUGAGGAAGCCACACUCAAAAAAUCUGCAGCCCAUCUACUACACCUUCUCUGAGUCAGAUAGCGAAGAGAGCAGAGAGUUUGAUGGAGACGUGCCAUUGGGUUUUAUCCAGCACAAUGCAACCUAUUUUGGGAAAAUCUCCAGGGAAAGGAUAGACUUGGAGAACCAGGUGUUUGGAAGGCAGGACACGGAGGAAGAUUUAAACUUGAGCAAAGGUCAGGAAACCAAUGAGGUCUAUGAAAGAGCAGAAACAAUUGACUGUGAGCCAAAACUGAAGGGCAAACAACCCCAAGGUUCUGGUUUCUGGCGGGUGGGGGAUUCAAACGUAACCAGGUCUACUUACCAGACAGACCAUGACGACAGAGACUUCGACCCCAGGUUCACCUCCAGGGAAUUCGUUUUGGAGAACGCCAUCACGGACAAGCUGCUGGACAAGACCUCGGACUCCAAGGAGCUGGUGCUCAACAUGACCAUGAACAGCAUCUUUGCCCAGGGAGACCCAAUCAACUCCGUGGGGUCACAUAUUGACAGCCUCUAUGUUGACUACGAAGACACUGAUGGCAUUGUGACCUACACCAUUAAUAGCACUUACAUGGAGCUGAGCAACGGCAAAGCCAUCAACGCAUCUGCAGAGACGCCGUUUUCAAAUGCCACUGUCACCAUGACAAGCCCUCAAGGGAACAGAACCCACAAAGCAAGAAACAGAUUGAAGUUGUUAAGAAAGGGCCAAGGUGUGAGUGCUGCUGACAUGUACAGGUGGAAGCUUUCCUCCCAUGAACCCUGCAGCUCUACAUGCACCACAGGAGUGAUGUCCACAUAUGCUAUGUGUGUUCGCUAUGAUGGGAUCGAAGUGGAUGAUACGUACUGUGAUGCCAUGACCCGUCCUGAGCCCAUCCAUGAGUUCUGUGCUGGGAGAGAAUGCCAGCCAAGGUGGGAGACGAGCAGCUGGAGCGAGUGCUCCCGCACCUGCGGGGAGGGCUACCAGUUCCGCAUCGUCCGCUGCUGGAAGAUGAUCUCCCCGGGAUUCGAUAGCUCCGUCUACAGCGACCUCUGCGAGUCGGCCGACAUCACCCGGCCGGACGAGCGCAAGGUCUGCAAGAACCCAGCCUGCGGGCCCCAGUGGGAGAUGUCCGAGUGGUCCGAGUGCUCAGCCCGGUGUGGAGAGCGGAGCGUGGUGACACGGGACAUCCGCUGCUCGGAGGACGAGAAGCUGUGCGACGCCAGCGCCCGGCCCCUGGCCGAGAAGAACUGCACAGGGCCGCCCUGCGACCGGCAGUGGACCGUCUCCGACUGGGGACCG